AUGCGCCGCUCUGUGGGGGCGUGGCUUCUCCCUGUGGGCGGAGCCAUCCCUCCCUCCUGUGGUCCUGAUGCUGAGGAGGCCACGCCCCCGGGGGCGGAGCCAUCCCUGGACUGUGGUCCUGAUGCUGAGAGCCGCCAUUUUGAUGGGGAUGUGGUCUCUGGGGGCGUGGUCUCUCUCUGUGGGGCGUGGUCACGUCCCGGUCCCCGCGGGCUUCGAACCCGCGGACUUAUCGCGUCGGCCGGGAUCAGAGUCUGGGGCACUUCCGCCCGCUCCUUGAAAGGCCUCAGCGGCCAGUUCCGCCCGGAUCGGGAGCUUCCGGCCUCAGCGGCCACGUCCGCCCGGAUCGGCGGCUUCCGGCGGUUGUUUCCGGCGCGGUCCGCCCGCCAUUUUGUGAAUAUUUCUCUCGGAGGACUUUAUUGCCUCGGCCUUAAGGCACUUCCGCCCGCACUUUUAAAGGCCUCAGGGGCCACUUCCGCCCGGUCCUGCGGCUUCUGGCCGCUGGUUCCGGGCUCCCUGGGCCCCGGGGAAGGCGAUGGCGACGCUCCUGCUCCGGGCGGCGCGCACACGCGUGACCGGCCACAUCCGGGACCUAGUGCUCGCGGGCGCGCGGGCGGCCGGACCCGGCGGGCCGGGACCCGCGCGCGAGGGGGAGAAGCGGGCGCGGCCCCAGCCAGCCCCCGCCAAGGAGCUGACGCUCUCGGCCGCCAUCGAGCCGCACGACCUGGACACGAAGACGCGGCAGCUGCGGCGCUGGCUGGAGCGCGGGGCGCGCGUGCGCGUGACGGUGCGCCGGGGCCGCGGGGGCGACGCGGACGCGCUGUUCCAGCGGCUGCUGCGGGGCUGCGAGGGCUGCGCCGAGCUCCACGGGCGCCCGAGGGACGUGCGCGGGGGACGGCCGCCGUGGGCGAGCUCCGGCGCGUGGGCGGGAGCACGGGGACGCGCGCGGGCAGAGAUGGCGGCGGGAGCACGGGGACGCGCGCGGGCAGAGAUGGCGGCGGGAGCACGGAGAUACACGCAAGCAAAGAUGGCGGCAGGAGCACGGGGACACGCGCAAGCAAGGACGGAGGCGGGAGCACGGGGACGCGCGCGGGCAAGGACGGAGGCGGGAGCACGGGGACGCGCGCGGGCAAGGACGGAGGCGGGAGCACGGAAGAUGGCGCGAACACGGAUGAUCCCGCGUGCAAGGACCGUGUGGACACGGAGAAACACGCGGGCAAGAACGCCGGCGCGAACACGGACGACCGCGCGUGCAGGGGAGGCGUGGACACGGGUGAUCAUGUGUGCCAAGACGGUGUGAACGAGGAAGUCGUGGGGAACACGGAGAAACACGCGAGCCAGGGCGGCGCGAGCACGGAGCGCGCGGAGCACACGCGUGACGCCGGGAGACGGUGACUUUACUGGGCCGGCACCGGGAGCCGCCUGACACGCGUGUUCACACGCGCCCGCGCCCCCAGCCCCCGGGGGUCGAAGCCGCUGAGGCGCGAGGCCAGGCUGCGCCUCCCACGCGGGGUCCUCACCUGCGGGGAGACGGCGGCUCAGUACACGCGUGUGCGUGCGUGUGUGCACACGUGUGUGCGUGCAUGUGCGUGGUCUUGCGUGUACAUGUGUGCGUGUGGGUGCGUGCGCGUGUGUAUGUGCCAACCCCGACCCCGCACACCCUCCUGCUCCUGCCGGCUGUGUGUGUGCGUGUGCACACGCGUGUGCGAGCCCGACCCCCGCUCACCCUCGCGCUCCUGCCGGGCUCGUGCGUGGCGCCGUGUCUCUCGAGGCUCUGCUGCGGGGGGGGGAGAGAGGAAACACGCGUGUGUCAGCGCGCGCACACGCGUGUGCCAAUAAAGCCCGUGUGCGCUCA